AUGCAGUUCUACAUAACGAAUAGCAUACCCUUGAAUGCGACAUUCACUGACGAGGACGGACAAGCCACAUACAAAACCCAAACACCCUUCAAAUUCUUCGCCGAUAAAACGACUACAGUCAGCAGAGUCCUUCACACGAAUAAUGUUGCGUCCGACGACAUCUCCAGGAAGGGAGGGGAUAACCAAGGUCAACUCGUGAAACUCGCCGAGAUAGAGUGGAAGAACGAUGUGUCUUUGUCGAGAUUCAAGUAUAGGGAGAAGGACGUUGUGAUCGGCGAGUUCUUUUACAAAGGGAAGCAAGGCUGGAGGGGAAAAGAUCGCGUCUUUACUAGCUUCGACGGCCAAGAAUACCGUUGGCGGAUGAACGCUACGUAUGCCCUGCUUACAUUACAAGACCAUCAUCGGACACAAAUCGCUCGGUAUGAGCCAGAAGAGCCGCAACUCAUUGGCAAGUCGAAGAAGGCCACCCUCGAGAUAUAUCCAGAGGGUGAACAUAUGGUCGACACCAUCAUCGUCUCCUUCGUAUAUAUGGAGAAGUUACGCAAGGAGAGAGAUCGGGAUGCCCGCGCUGGUGUGGGUGACCCGGUCAAAGGGCUGGAAGAUGAUUGA